GCAGCAGCAGCAGUAGCAGCAGCUAUCACUAGCAUGGCCUCGAUCCUGGACGGCGGCGACUACCGGCCCGAGCUCUCCAUCCCGCUCCAUCACGCCAUGAGCAUGUCCUGCGACUCGUCCCCACCCGGCAUGGGUAUGAGCAACACCUACACCACGUUGACGCCGCUCCAGCCGCUGCCGCCCAUCUCCACCGUGUCCGACAAGUUCCACCACCCGCACCCUCACCACCACCACCCACACCACCAUCACCACCACCACCACCACCAGCGCCUGUCGGGCAACGUCAGCGGCAGCUUCACCCUCAUGCGCGACGAACGCGGGCUCCAGGCCAUGAACAACCUCUACAGCCCCUACAAGGAGAUGCCCGGCAUGGGCCAGAGCCUGUCCCCGCUGGCCGCCACGCCGUUGGGCAACGGGCUGGGUGGCCUCCACAACGCGCAGCAGAGCCUGCCCAACUACGGGCCGCCGGGCCACGACAAAAUGCUCAGCCCGAACUUCGACGCGCACCACACUGCCAUGCUGACCCGCGGUGAGCAGCACCUGUCCCGGGGCUUGGGCACCCCGCCCGCGGCCAUGAUGUCGCACCUCAAUGGCCUGCACCACCCGGGUCACGCUCAGUCCCACGGGCCCGUGCUGGCACCCAGCCGCGAGCGUCCACCCUCUUCCUCGUCGGGCUCGCAGGUGGCCACAUCCGGCCAGCUGGAGGAGAUCAACACCAAAGAGGUGGCCCAGCGCAUCACCGCCGAGCUGAAGCGCUACAGCAUUCCGCAGGCGAUCUUCGCGCAGAGGGUGCUGUGCCGGUCUCAGGGGACUCUCUCCGACCUGCUCCGGAACCCAAAACCGUGGAGUAAACUCAAAUCUGGCAGGGAGACCUUCCGCAGGAUGUGGAAGUGGCUGCAGGAGCCGGAGUUCCAGCGCAUGUCCGCCUUACGCCUGGCAGCGUGCAAACGCAAAGAGCAAGAACCAAACAAAGACAGGAAUAAUUCCCAGAAGAAAUCGCGCCUGGUGUUCACUGACCUGCAACGCCGAACGCUCUUUGCCAUCUUCAAGGAGAACAAGCGCCCAUCGAAAGAGAUGCAGAUCACCAUUUCUCAGCAGCUGGGCCUGGAGCUCACGACCGUCAGCAACUUCUUCAUGAACGCCCGGCGCCGCAGCCUGGAGAAGUGGCAGGACGACCUGAGCACAGGGGGCUCCUCGUCCACCUCCAGCACCUGUACCAAAGCAUGA